GGGAGAAUUUGACAGUGGAUUCGUUGGUGAGGACGACUGUGAGCGUCACAAAAGCUUCCCAGAUAGGUAUUAAUUUUCGGAUUUCCAACGAUCGGAUGGAUUAGUGUUUGUGCAAGGAUGUGAUCUGCCAUUGGGUGCGCCAUGGAUUAUCGUGAAAGAGUGCCGCAUGGAUAAUCGUCGAUAUAUUUGUCGGUGAAUUGUGGAUAAGCUAUGGAGGCAAAGCAACGAAACGCGGGGACUGGCAACAGACGCCGUCGUGACCGCGCAGCGCGAAUGCAAAAACGGCAACAACGGCAGUGUGCUGCUGCCGAAGAGGCCAGUGAAAAUGAUGAAUCGCCUCCUGUGAGACAAAAAAGGCCUCCCACCCGUAAAAAACGAAUCAAAGAACCCAUAUACCAAGAGGAUAUCGUCGAUGGAUUUGCUUUCAUGUGCUUCAAAACCUACGAGGACUUAGAGCGCACUGUACAUAAGUAUGAGAAGAAGGUGUCGGAAGGCGAGGGCAGCGCCGAAGAGGGCGCUGCGCCCCGCCGGAACAGUAGCCCUGCUGACCAUCCACCGGUGCUGGAAGAAUCCUUGCCCCAACUCGACAAGAAGCCCAAAAUGAAAAAGAACAACAUAUUACCCAAGGUCAAGAAGAAAAAUAUCCUCCUCAAUAACAAGUCCCACAACAACUUCAAAGAGUGUUCUCUGACGAACGACGAGAGCUCGAGACCCGGUGAAGAAUUACUCGAGACUCCCAGAAGUACGUCGAGGGACAGACUCAGUGAUGCCAGCAGUCACGCCAGCUUAGAGAGAGGCUAUUUGUGUGAUAGUGAGAGUGGUGAUGAAAGGGUUUCUGAACCUGAGUGUGAUUUGUUCAGCAGUAAAAGUGACAGCAGUUUUAUUGCAAAGAAGAACAAUCCUGGCCAUUCUCAGAGCUGUCGGUCUCCUCCCGUGCUGCCGCCCAUCCACCCGGUGCAGAACGGCACCCACCACCCCGAGCCGUCGACGGCAGUGGCCGCCGUGACGGCCGGUGCCAGCCCGGCAAGCACGCCCUCCGCCAUGGUCGUCGGAUCCACUAGUCCCAGGGAGCCCCAGAUCGGCAGCCCGGCGGUUGUCCCCGUCUCCUGCGCCUCCCCUGCCUCGCCGCCCUCGGGCGUCGUCCCCGUCUCUCCCCCGCCGCCCUUCAGCCUUGGCAAAGAAAGUGCUUCCAGCAGCAACAAACUCUUGAACAACGGCUACGAGUUCGUGUCCGACACGUCUCCGCCCUCGCCGGUCCCCGCGGCGAAGCUGCCGUCGCCCAACAGAUUCCUCCACAAAAGAGCCCCCCCAGUGCCUUCGUGCAGGGAGAGCGUCGGCAAGCCGGCCAUCAACGUGUAUGACUUCGUGUCGGACCACGAGGCGCCCUCGUCGCCCGACGGGGUCAUUUUUUUAUCGCAAUCCAAGUUCCACCACCGGGGGGCCUCUCCCCCGGUCGUGCCGACGAACGGCAGGGAGCCCUCGGCGGAGAGGACGGCCGACGGCCACCCCCUCUGCGCUUCCCCGCCGGUGCUCUCCGCCCCGGUCAUACAGAACUCUCACAAAAGUGCUUUGGACAUGAGCAUCAAGGCCAACCUUGCCGUGGUCAAAACGGAGCAUCUCCCGCCCGCGAUCCUACCUCCCGCGGCGGCGGGGGAUCUCCGGCCGCAGGCGUCCCCGGGACACUCCCGGUCGUACGGCAUUCCAUACUCUACCUCUCGAAAAGUCUCCGCCUCCCCCGUGAUGUCUCAGCCGGCCUCCCUGCCCUUGCCGGCCGUGCCCCCGGCUUCCCCCGCGAGGACUUCCGGCACGACGACGACGACGCAACCUUCCCACGUCCACCGGAGCAGGUCCCCGGCGGCGGCGGCGUCCCACUCGAACACGCCGACUCCCGUGCCGGCCAGAGACACGCACAGUUCCCACAGCAACAGCAGCCUGUCGAGCCUCAGCCAGCUGAGCACCCCCAUCCACAAGGAGAGGGAGGGGGGCGGCAGCCGGAGCCACAGCAACUCCAGCAGCGUGGCCCCGUCCAUGGGUGCCGCCUUUGCCGGCUCCUCCGCGUACGCUUCCGCCAGCAGCCUGGCGGGUUUAGUCUUCUCGAAGCCUCAGUGCUGGAGUGGCAACUCCAAUACUACAAACACCAUAUCGACGUCCGUGACGCGGUCGUCUCCGGCCCCUCCCCGAGUGUCGCCGGCGCUGAGCGCGGGCGGCAGCAGCAGCGGGGGCAUGCCCCUGCCCCCCACGCUGCCCCCGGCCCACCACACGUCCCCGUUCGGGGGCCCCGCCCCGCCACCCCUGCUCCCCGUGGCCUCCCACCACGGCAUCUUCAACCCCAGCUCGCUGCCCCUGGAGGCGACGGCCGGUCCCUCGGCCUACAGGGCGGAGACGCUGUUUCCGCAGCCCAGUGAGUAUAAGAAACAUCCCGACCUGCUGAGGAGAGAGCUGGACACCCGGUUCUUGGCCUCCCAGGACCACAGCAUUCCAAUCCCCCCUCCCCCCUACAUGCAGAGUGAAGUGCAGCACCAUGGACAGAUGCACCAGCAGGGGCCCUUCAUGGCCCCGCCUCCUCUCGGUGCCCCCAUGGUCAACCAGCCGGCAUCUCAUCUGAUUGGUUUGUCUGGUUAUCCUCAUGUUUCUUCACUGUUUGCUCCUGGUGGUGGUGGUUCUUCCACACCUUUUGUUCCUCCUGCUCAUCUCGCAGCCCUUCAGCCAAAGAUCAAUUCUGUUCCCAAAACAAAAAGCAUGAAGCCCGGGAAAUGGUGUGCAAUGCAUGUUCGUAUCGCGUGGGAAAUCUACAACCACCAGCAGAAACACAAAGCGGACGCUCACAAGGCGGGCAUCGCCAUGGCAUCAGUCAAGCCCCCUCCCUCAGAGCAUCACCUCGCAGCUAACCACCUGUUUUGUUCCUUGCCACGACAACACGAGCUAUCGCCCUUCUCCUCGUCGAUACUCUCAGCAGCAUCUCAUCAAAGAUCAUUUGAACAUUCAUCUCAUCAUUCCACAUUUCUUAACCCUACACCUGCACACCUUGGUCCCUUUGCACGCCCUGGUUACCCUACUUUUGCUGGUGCUGCACCCAGUUUUACUGGAUUAGGUCCUUUAGGCAUCCCUGGUCCAGCAAUGUUGGGAGCAGAUUUGCGAACGAGCUGUCUCACGCAGGAUCCCUGGGGGCAGCGUACAGCCUUACCUUUUGCCGGUGGCUCCCCCUGGGGAGGUUUGAAAGAGGAGGCUGAGCGCGAUCGCCUGCAACAGGAGAGGAAAAGGGAGGAAGAAAGGCAGAAGAGGGCGGAGCAGGAGAGGCGAGAAAAGGAAGAGAGGGAAAGGAGAGAGCAGGAGCGACGAGAACAGGAAAAGAGAGAGAUGGAGAGGAGAGAACAAGAGAGAAAAGAACAAGAACGUAGAGAAAAAGAAAGGAGGGAGCAGGAACAGCGAAGGAGAGAGUUGGAGAGGAGAGAAAUGGAAAGGAGGGAGCAGGAGAGGAGAGAACAGGAAAGAAGAGAACAAGAAAGACAGAAAGAAAGGGAUCGGGAGUUGAGGUUCCAUCAUCAGCUGCAGAAGAGUUCCAUAGUCAUGAAUGGUGAAAUCAGGGAUCAUCAUCUUCACCAUCCGCACCAUCACGCCGCCGCCGUUGCCAGAGAGUGGGAGCGGGCGGCCAGGGAACUCCCCCGGUCGCCGAUCGUGCCCCCCGGCAACCCCGUGAAGUACGAGAGCGCCCUGGACAGGCACCUGUACGUCACCGCCGCCCCCUCCCAGCCCCGGAUGGAGGUCAAAAUCAAGCAGGAGCGGAAGGACGACGAGCCCCCGGCCGCCGUCUCCCGGAGCUCCAGACCCCCCGCCGAGGACAGGACGCGGAAGAGGCCCGGGAGCCUGCCCAGGUCCGAGGAUCCGGUAUCGCUGGUGUCGUCCAGAAACAACAUAACGCACAACCUCGGCCUCAACGCCAUGGAGCACUCCCGGGUCAUGGGACUCGUGCCCUCCCCGGCCAAGGACCCUCUGGUGCACCACUCCCAGACCUCUCCCCUGUGGGGGCCCCUCACGCCCAGCCCCACCGUCACCGUGGACCAUUACCGCACCCGGGAGAUGCUCCAGGCCAGGACAGAGCACGACGUCAGGAGGUUCGACCCCCUGGUCAUGUCCCCGAGGGACAGCGAGCUGUCGCGCCAGCUCACCAACGCCGCCCUCGACAUGGAGCGGACGGCGGCCUACGACCGCGCCAAGCUGCUGCCGCCGCCCCUGCGGACGAACGAGUCUCCGUACGCCACGCCCCCGACGCUGCCCCCGGCCUCCGCGUCCAGCUUCUUCUCGCCGCCCGUCUCGCCCUACCUGUGCACGUCGGGCCGGUCGAAGCCCGCGGCCAUGCUGAACGGGCUCCCGCCGCCCCUCAUCCCCUGCACCUUCCCCGUGGUGCAGAACUUCUCCGGCGCCCGGACUUCCUCGCCCAUGGCGGCGCACAAGCUGAUGGGCCCGGGCGGCCUCGCCCUGCCCGAGUCCUACUUCCCCAAGGAGCGGCGGGAGGUGAACGGGCACCCCUCGGACUUUGACGCCCACCUGCGGUUAUGACAGACGUGAGGGGGCGCAACGCUUAGCUCUAGUACAAUUCGACGGAGGUUCUGUACAUAUUUCCUUGUGUGUAAGAUAAAUGCACCGGAUAGAGAGAGAGUUUUUAUUAGGCAUAAUUUAUAUUUUGGUGUUCUGUUCGUUCGUUAUGUGAUAUGUGGGCGGCGAGCGUCGGGGUCCGGCCGGCGGAAUCGGGCUUUCGUAUCGACGUCAUUUGCUGUCUUUUCGGGCCCGCGGGCUCCUUUCUGUAAAGUGAUAAGAAAUAUGGCAAUAUCUUUUAUGCAAAACGUACUAUGCAAAUGAGCAACAAAUGACGGCGAUUUCAACUUUUUUUUUAAUUUUAAAUAACUUGCACAAUUUUUGUUGUAAAUAAAAAGAAAUCAUUGACAGUA